ACGACUUCACGGAGCUCAACAACAGAAAAUCCGCGUCUGAGGAUGAUGGGUAGAGUCAGUUUGCGUGGUAAAUUUGCUUCAAGGCGCUUCGUUGGUGGAUCGGUACAUGUUGCCUCCGCCGGGAUUUGGAGCGUCACAUCAAGCAGUAACAUCUUUAAUUCUGGUCGUAUUGUCAGCGCGGAGGCAAUCAUUAGAAGCGCGACUGGAGCAUUCGAUCGGCAAUCAAGCAAUCCGCCAAAGGAAAGAAGUAGACAAAGAUUUGAUGUUCCGCUGUCACAAGAUCAAAACGACGAGCAGGUGCUGCUGACUUCCGGCUUGGCGUACGGGAGUAACAACUUCGACACAGAGAUGCAAAUCCAUCGUCGACACGGCAGAAAAAAAUCGUCUAAAGCCUAGCGCCAAAUCGAGUCAAUUGCCCCUACUGGCAUGUUC